AUGUCGCUGCUUCUUGGGCCGCGGGUCGAAGAACACAAGGCGGCCACUUCCUUGUCGGCAUGUCCAUUACCCAACUGGAAAGAGACAUCUGCUUGCAAUGGGAUAUCCAACUGGAGGAGCCUGGUGAAGCAAAGCUGUGUUGAAGAUGAAGCCAAUGUAACGUUAGAAUGGAUCAACGGGGAAUUGCACAUCAAAGUCUGCUGUCCUAUUGAUGUGGGCAGUGAACUGCUAUGCUGGUUAACUGAAUCACAGGACAAUCCUACUUGUCUGAAAAAUAAUAUUCUAGCACAUACUUCAGAUGGGGAACUUGAUACAGAAAAGAAAACACUGCAAAAAAUGCAAGUAAUAACCACAGCCAAGACCACAGAUUUAGAAGAGGAAACUUUGAUGGAAAAAGAUGAUAUUAUCCAGGAUUCCUCUGCAGGUAUUCCUGGUAUUUCCAAAUUUGCAGAGAUGAAAGACGAAGCCCGUUGUGUUUCUAUGUUAAAUAAGAAGCUACAGAUGGAACAGAUUCUUGGAUUAGAUGUCAAUCUAAGAAAAAGCAGUAGAACAUCUUCCUUGCAAGUUGAACAAUGGGAUACCAAAAUUAAGAGUAGAAAUAAUAAACUUUUUAACAGAUAUCCUGUUUCCAAGGAUCAUGAAGGUAAAGAAGAUUCUCAGGAAGAGCAAAUGGCUGAGAUAAAGCCAGAUGCAACAUUGGCUGAAACCUGUUCAAACCCACCACCAUGCAGUACAGUUUGCAUCAGUGCCAUUUUGGCUGAUAAUGUAGAGACAUUAAGGAAAGAAUCUGGUACCGAAAGAAUCCCGAAUGGAUAUCUUCCAAGUAUACCCAAAGACAGGGCAGAGAAUCCUGGACAAGAGGAACAGUCACAUAGACACAAGCUUGAUGAUUCAGCUCACACAGAACCAAUCACUAAAAGACGAUACAGGUGUAAAGAGUGUGGGAAAGCCUUCCUUCAGCUUUGCCACCUGAAAAAACAUCAUUUUGUGCACACUGGUCACAAACCAUUCUUGUGCACAGAAUGUGGCAAAAGCUAUAGCUCAGAAGAGAGUUUCAGAGCACAUAUGCUGGGCCACAGCGGGGUACGGCCUUUUCCCUGCCCACAGUGUCACAAAACAUACGGCACCAAGCGUGAUCUUCAAGAACAUCAGGUACUGCAUACAGGCCAGCGUCCCUAUGUGUGUCCAGAUUGUGGAAAAUCAUUUGCCCGGCGGCCUUCCCUUCGUGUCCAUCGCAAGACACAUCAAGUUAAACAGCCAAGCUCUACCUCUUCUGCCUACCAGUGUGUGUUGUGUGGACGGCACCUGGCCAAUCCAGGAUCACUGCAGAACCACAUGCGCCUGCACACAGGGGAACGUCCUUAUACUUGUCCCUACUGUCCCAAGUCAUUCCGUCAGCAAGGCAAUCUACGGGGGCAUCUUAGGUUACAUACAGGGGAGCGUCCUUACCGCUGCCAUUUCUGUGGAGACGCCUUCCCACAGCAUCCUGAGCUGCGCCGUCAUCUGAUUUCUCACACAGGUGAGGCCCAUCUGUGCACAGUAUGUGGGAAAGCACUGCGUGAUCCCCACACGUUACGAGCUCAUGAACGCUUGCAUACAGGUGAGCGGCCUUUCUGCUGCCACCUUUGUCCCAAAUCCUAUCCUCUAGCUACAAAACUCCGACGUCAUCAGAAAGCCCGUCAUGGUGUCGAGCCCCAUCUGUAUAACAUUUGUGGUGUAGGCUACAGCCUCCCUCAGAAACUUCAGUGCCACAAGCUUGAGCACAAAGACAAUAUAGUCAAGGAUUUGCCCAAAUCUGACAUUAAAGAUCACAAGGAUAUUUCAGUUUCAGAGCAGCCUGCUGCAUUGGUAGUGCACACGUUGAGUAUGGCAGAGCCUGGCAGGAAAGCAGAAGUCCUCAUCUCUAACACUAAGUACAGUGCAGCACAAGAGAGCUCUGCCCAGCACAAAGAUGUCAUUGAAAUUGCGGUCUCAAACACUGAGGAAGAAUGUAUCAUUGUGCAGGAGCAGGCUUCUCCCAGUAAUAUGCUUAUUCUUCAAGAGGGUGUUGGUUUUAGUACUGUGGCAGAAGUCAUUGAGGUAGAAUUGGGAAGCUGAGCUUUGCAUUUCUUUUGGAUUAUCUGGAAUUUAUGUAUUUAUUUUAUUUAUUUGGAGAAUUGAU